GACGCGGAUCCUUCCUGCUGGAAAAAAAAAAACCCAAAAACUUUCAUUUUCCCUCAGAUCGCUUUCCUGCUCUCCUCUCCGUUCUGACGUCACCUAUGAUGAAGCUUCUCCGGUCCUCGCGCCGACACUGAAACUUUGAUCCCGGCUGAGCGCGUGAAUCCCGGGACCACUUCAAAGUUCACAGAGGAGUCUCCACUUUUCUACGACCCAGAACGUGGGAGGGGCCUGCCUCUUGUCCAAGAUGUCCAGCAGAGGGAAGAAUGAGCAUUGCAGGAUAUGCGGCGGACGUCUUCAGGGAAAUCAACGUCGAUGGCUGUUUGGGGCCCAGAACCGGAGGAACGGUCAGCCCGGGACGCCGACACAGUCUGUUAGAAGUGGAAGCCUGUCCCGGUCCUCUCAGAGCAGUCCUUGGGGCAGCACGUCAUCACUGGGCUCUUCUGUGUCUCUGUCCAAGUCCCAACUAUCUGUGAGCUCCCCGUCCAAAUCUGUGGACAUACUCGCAGUGUUGACCCACAUACUGGGACAGUCGGUACCGAGGAACAGCAGAACAGGAGAGUUUGUGUGCGGCAAAUGCGUUUCGACUCUGGAGCGAGUGUUUAAGUUUGACACGGUGAUCGAGAGGGUCCGGGUGCUUUCAGCUGAGCGUCUCCAGAGACUGACGCAGGAGAGGGACAAGAUCCGACAGUGGGUCCGGCAGAACUACCGGCAGAGACACCCACAGGACCUCCAGAACAGGAGCAGCACCAGCGAGGAGGAUGGAGAGGCGGAGAAGGAGGGCUACAGGGAGAUGCUCAAAGAGAACAUGGCUCUGUCGCAGUACGAGUGCUGGUCCGAGAAGUGGGACACUUGUCCCUAUUUUAUCAGAACGGGUAAAAGGUGCAGGAAGGGCAAAGGAUGUGAAGGUUGUGAUUCUUUACGGGUUUCCGAUUCAAACUACGAGUCGGUCUGCGGGAUUCCUCGCCACUUGCCUCUCCAGACCUUCUCUCCGUUGGAGCUGACCCGGGACAGAUCCCAGAGCAUGCCCCUCGACUGGCAGAGGGUCCCCAACUCCAGCCCCGCUUCACUGACCGGGUCCAGCCUCUCGCUCAGAGCGCCUUCUCGCACAGAGUCCAUCCAGUCUCUGGAUACGCUCGAUGGCCACGACCCGUUCGGCUCACCCGGCGACAAGUCGGUUGACUUUGUGCUGACGGAGCUGAGAAGCAUUGAAGGGAAGCCGGUCCGCUCUCCCUCAGGCAGUAAGAUCCCAGUUCUGGGCAGGAAGAACUCUGGAAAAGUUGAAGGGCUGGUGUCAGCUGAAGUGAGUCGGGUUCUGAACUUUGGGGAAUUGGAGAAUGGAGGAAGUGAACUGGACGAGGAGGAUGGAGACGUCCUGACGGAGCUGAGAGACGAGUACAUGCCGCUUCAUCGGGAGAACGCCACUGGCAGGCUUCAAAGUGCUGUCCGGCACCUCCGAGCCCAACUGGACCAGGCUGUGACCCGGAUCAGGACUCUGGAGGCCGAGCUAAAGCGGGGUGGACCAGCCAAACCAGCUGAAGUCGAUGCACCAGAGGACCUGGCCUUGCUGACCCGGGAGGACGGUGGCAGCGCGGUGCUGCAGAACCUCUGCCGCUCUCUGCACGGCCGGGAGCGUCUGAUCCAGGAGUGCUUGGUUCUGAUCCGAGGACUGUGUCUGGAGCAGGGAAGUGGACCUGAAGUGGGGAAUGAGCUGAGUGGGAAGCUGGCUGAGACUCUGAAGGAGAUUCUGUCUGACAACAAGGCUGCUCUGCAGGCCCUGAGGUCUGAACUGGCUGAGCGAGAGAAGAACCUGGAGAAGGAGAUGGAGGCGCUGAGAAAAGCUGGGCGGGACCGUGAGAGAGACCUGGACACUCUGAGCGCGGUGCUGCAGUGCAACCAGGACGUUAUCAACGAGCUGCGGGUGGCUCUGGGCGAGAAGGAUCGUCUGCUGAAGGAGGCGGAGAAAGAACGCGAGCUGUGGAGACAGAAGGACGGAGCCCUCGCUGCUGUCCUCCAGGAGAAGGAAGCGCUGAUCCUGAGCCUCCAACAGCAGUCCUCAGGGAGUGAUGGCCAGCCUGCAGCGUUGUUGGUGAACCAAGAGGGAAACAGCGCCAUCUUGUGUCAGGAGGUCACCAAACUGACUGCAGCUCUGCAGGAAUCCCAGGAGCUGCUGCAGACUCAGCAACAGAGCCACAGCCAGACGGUCUCCUCUCUGACGUCGCAGCUCAGAGAAGUUCAGCAGGAGCUGAGGGAGAAAGAGAAGGAGACGAAGGAGGCCGACAGAGAGCGGCGCCACAACCGAGAGGACAGCGAGCGCGAGGAGACGAGGCUGAAGGAGAGUCUGCAGAAGAGAGACAGACUCAUAGAGCAAAUCCUCAUGGAUGCAGAGGAGCGAGACCACCUUCUCCUAGAGAUGCAGCAGAACCUGCAGAACAAACGGGAACCCUUGACGGCCGUCAAACACACGCUGUGAUGCAGCAGGAGACCCGUUGGGACCAACGGCUGCACAGGGAGGGAGCGAUAAUCUGCACUUUGUUCGCCGCCUCUCUGGCGUAUUUAAUGAACCUGGAGCUUCAGGUUUAUUAGGAAUUAAAGGACCAUUUCCACAGUUUCAGCUCUGAGGGAACAGGGACUUCAGUCUCAGUCGGGUUGGUUUCAGUUCAUGUUUUAAAGCUGGACGUUUAAUACUUGGUCCUGUCAUGAUGAUCAUUCCAGCAGAAUGUUGUAUUUAAUUAAUGUUGAAUGUGAUUGGUUGCCAAUGAUUUUAUUUGAUGAAAUGGGAACAUUUCCGCUGAUAUUUAAUGUUUGAGAGGAGCGGGAGCCAUGCUGCUUUAACCCUGAUCUAUUCUGACCGGGAGCUUAGUGUCGGUGUUGUUGGGCCUUCUAGGUUACAAUCUCAGUUUAUGUUCUGGGAGUAACGUUUAAAGUUUUAACUGUUUUUGAUUUUUCUCCUUUUUUAUGUUUCAUCUGAAGUCAUUUUGUUAUUUUCAGUGUUUAAACUCGUCACACUGUUGGUGUGGGACUUCAUACUGGGAAAAACGUUCCUUUCUUUUUAGCUCAAGAGAAUAAAAAUCUCUGAAUGCAG